CACACACACACUUACACUGCCUCUCCUUCUCUUUCUAUUUCUGUCGCUCCCCAUGUCUCUUUUUUCUAUCCCCCCCAACACUCCCACCUACUUUCUGCAACAUCAUGGCGGAUAGAACCAGCAGGCUUGGCGUUAAGAGGAAGGAGAAAACGGUGGAAAGCAAAGUCAAUGACGAGCGGGACAAAGACAAGGGGAAGGAGAAAACUGUGAAAAAGCCYGACAAACCGGUGAAGAAGGACGAGAAGAGCCCAGAGUCGGCGGAGGCAGAGGAGAAGAAGAGGAACGGGGAAAGUGACGGGGCGACAGGAGCAGAGGCCAAAAACAGUGAGGGUAAUGGAGGCUUUCAGCCCAUCGAGCUGCCUCCUUUUGAGAUUGUCACAGGGGAGCGGAUGAGCCCAUUCUACUUCAAGUUUCAGUUCAGGAAUGUGGAGUAUUCGUCUGGGAGGAACAAAACCUUCCUGUGUUACAGAGUGGACACGGCAGGAGGCGACACAGAGCCUCUGAAAGGUUACAUGGAAGAUGAGCAUGCCAUGGCCCACGUUGAAGAGGCCUUCUUUCAACAGGUGCUGCCAAACUCCUCCAAAGAACAUGACAUCACAUGGUUUGUAUCCUCCAGUCCCUGUGCGGCCUGCGCAGCCAAGCUGGCCACCAUCCUCCAGCAGCGCAAGAAGCUUCGCCUCACCAUAUUCUGCUCCCGCCUCUUCGAGUGGGAGGAGCCAGAGAUCAGGGAAGGCCUCAAGGCUCUGGCGCGGGCCGGCUGCAAACUGCGAAUGAUGAAGCCAGCCGACUUCCAGCUAGUCUGGGAAAUGUACGUGGAUAAGGAGGACGAGGAGUUCGCACCGUGGGAGGAUUGCAAGGAGAAUUAUGAGUAUUAUUUGGAGAAACUGGGUGAAAUUCUCAACUAAAUGUUUCUGACUGAAACACAGAUGGCCCUGCUGCUAUAUGUGUUUAUUAGGCUGUGAGAUCUGCUGCUGAAGACUGGCAUUAGGUGAAAUGAGCUCUCAUGGCAACAUUUUGUAUAUUUUAUUUUGUUUAAUUCACAUAUCAAAGCACAAGAUUUGUAGAUAAAAAAUGUAUCAAACUGUAUGGAAAUGGCUGCUUGUGAAGAGCAAAGCAUCUACAUUCAUUUAAGAAAUGUUUAUCACAAUAAAUACAAGCUUUGAAGAAGUUA